AUGGAUUCAUAAAUACUUGUAGAGCAAAGUUGCCAAAGACAAACUAGGAAAAAUCAUACUUUUGGACCUUGUGCAAGCUUAGGAUAAUUAACAGCUAAAGAAUUAUAUGAUGAAUCUAAAAAGAACUUGACUGUUUCUUUCAAAUAAAAAGAUGAUGUUAUUAUUGUCGAAAAUUGGAAGAAAUAUAACGUUGAUGUUAGCAAUCCUAAUUUUCAAAUUUAAUAUAAUCAUAAAUCAAAUACUGGAUGUUGGAAUAUCUGUGUUACUUUUUGA